AUGUCUGGAGGCAGCGCCGGUUUCGACCGACACAUCACAAUCUUCUCCGAGCAAGGAAGACUUUAUCAAGUCGAAUAUGCAUUCAAAGCGAUCACCGCUGCAAAUAUAAUGUCGAUUGGGGUCCGAGGCAAGGAUUGUGCUGUGGUCCUUUCCCAGAAAAAGGUUCCCGACAAGUUGAUUGACCCUUCUUCCGUCUCGCACAUCUUCCAGAUUUCGCCCUCCGUUGGUUGCGUCAUGACCGGAUCCAUUGCGGAUGCUCGGGCGUUUGCACAGCGCGCUCAGGGCGAAGCUGCCGAGUUCAGGUACAACUAUGGAUACGAGAUGCCAUGUGAUGCCCUGGCCAAGAGGCUUGCCAAUAUCAGUCAAGUCUAUACACAGAGAGCCUAUAUGCGCCCUUACGGCGUGGCGACGACGCUGAUAUCGCUCGAUUCUGAAUUCGGACCGCAGCUUUACAAAUGCGAUCCAGCGGGAUACUACGUGGGGUACAAAGGAACUGCUGCGGGACCCAAGCAGCAGGAAGCGCUUAACCACCUGGAGAAAAAGCUCAAGAACAAGGAUCACGCAGAUGGCACAUGGGAAGAUGUUGUGGAGCUAGCAAUUACUACGUUAAGCACGGUCCUCAGCAUGGAUUUCAAGAAGGGUGAGAUUGAGAUCGGAAUCGUUGGAGGCCCCCGAGCGGACGGUAAGGAGGGGUCAGAUCCGUUCUUCAGGACCCUGACGGAGGACGAGAUUGAUGAACGAUUACAGGCCAUUGCCGAGAAAGAUUAG